AAAAACUAAAAAUCGUAAUUUUCCAAGCUUCUCAGAUCACCUUGAGAAAGCUUCUUCCAUGUGUUCCGAGCAGCGCCGCGCGAUUACAGAGCUCUACGAGGCUGCCGGCGGUAACCUGGUUGGGUGCCGUCGGGGACUCCUUGGGGGCCCCCCCCGCCGCGCCCCACCCGCCCUCGGCCGCCCGUCCUUCUCUCUCCUCUCGGGCCUCGGCACCCUCGCGAUGGCGGCUUGAGCACCUCUUGUCUCUGCAGUGGGUGGAGUCAGAUUGUUGUAUUGGAGUGCCCCUUGCUGUGUGGUGCCGUGACAACGCAAUUUUGUACCUCGUCGCCCUCUACUUUGUACGCCACAUCUUAUCCUGUUCCUUCUUUCCCAUCCUCGUCGUGGCGGCGGAGAGCGAGAAGGCUGAAACUCGCCAUGUUUCGACAAGCCCUCUUUGACAUCCAUACUCUGCAGUGCGUUCCAGUGGUGAUGCAGUCUCCAGAGGUGGUGCAGUCUCCAGCCGUGGUGCAGUCUCCGGAGAUCUGUUUGCUAGAGGCUCUGGGUGUGGUGCCGGACUCAUCCGACGGAGUCGCUAAACCCGCUGGGCCAACUGAUCGUGGAGAAGCUUUCUCGUUUCAUUCGGUUGCGUAUUCUCCAGAUGUGGUGCAGUCUUCAGAUGGUGGGCUGCAGUCGAGACUGGUCUCUGUUUCUUUUGAUCCUGGUGUCCAGAAUGAGGAGUUGCAGGACGAGGAGUUGCAGGAUGAGGAUUUGCAGAGUGAGGAGGUGCUGAAUGAGAAGUUGCAUUAUUCUCAGCAUAUCGUUUUCGUGGAUGCAAGCUCUGAAGUUUGCCACGCUCCAUUUCCUGACACUCUGUCGGCUUUUGUUGACCCAGGUGUUCGGAAAGAGGAGUUGCAUGAUGAGGAGUUGCAGGAUGUGGGGUUGCAGAAUGAGGAGUUGCUGAAUGAGCAGUUGCAUUAUUCUCAUCAUACAUAUUAUACGGCCUCACGCCCUGAAGUUUGCCACAGUUCAGCUUCUGACGGAGACUCAGCUUGCCAUGGAAAGGAUUGGCAGGGGGAUCUUAGGGAUUUCAAGGACGAGGAGGAGGAUAAUGUUCAUGUUGAUUCCGUGGAGAGUUCUAUGGCAGUUGCUGCUGAAGAAGCGUCGCUGGCUUCUCAAUCAAAUGAUGCUGUACUGCACUCAGCUCCUUUGGAUUAUUCUCUGCACUCAUCUCCUUUGGAUUAUUCUCUGCACUGAGUUCCUUUGGAUUAUUCUCGAGCGCAAAAGGAAGGUGGAGGCCCCGAGGCGCUCCCGUUGGCAUCCUCGAAAACCCACGGAGAGUGCGAAGUCGACCAGCGUAAAGAUAACUGUGCUUCUUCUUCCCAGCUCUGUUCAGAUGAGUUGCAGAGCAGUCGAUCUGAGUGUCAAGCUGCCAGGGACUGGGCCCUUGCCGGUGUCGAUGUCAGUGCCCUUUGGCGUGAGCUACACCGACUGCCGACGCAGGAGUUUCAGCGUAGGACUGAGGCUCUUCAUGCAGGCAGGCUGCAAAUGGGAAUUGAAAGUUCCGAGGAGGAUGAUUCGCAACAAGGGGGUCCUCAGAGUUCUACUUCCAGGAGUGCAUUGACGCGGAGCGGCAAGAAGCAUCGGAAACGGCACAGAUGAUGCACAUGUGAUUGAUCCUGCACGUAUGUUUUGGUCUGCCCCCCUCUCUUUCCCCCGCUGUUUCUGCCCCUGGGCUCGCUUUGGCUCUUUGGGCUCCCCCCGCUCUCCCGCUGGCUUUCCUUCCGCUCUCCGCUGGCAGGUCUCAUAAGCGGAUUUAUUACGCUCUCUUUGCGUACAUUUGACUUUGUAUGAAAUUUCAGGAAGGUGUCAAAGCGCACGACCAGGUUUCACUUAGACAUGGUCUCACACGACCUUUUAACGUGACUUUCCGUGAUUUGUCACGUGGUGCCUCAAAGUAGGCCUUUGAUCUAGUCGACACUACACUGCUUUUAUUUUCAGUGGUGCUGAGACAUAAUCGCUAUAUGUGGUUACUGCAUGGUCUCGCACUGCUUUGCUUCCCUCUUUCUAUUUUUAUUUGUCUUCUCGUGUAUUGGCAGUCUUGUGCAUAUCUGUACAGCUUCGCUGUUUGACGCACCUCUGCUAUAAUCUUUGCAGCUUCGCUGUCUUCCUGUACAGCUUCGCUGUUUAGGUUCUUUGUGUUUAGGCCUGCUCCUAUGGGAGCUCGAACCGGCCUUCGCAAAAGACGCGAAAAACCUGGUUGACGGUUUACCGCCGGCUCCCAGUGCUAUUCGGGUUUGGGACGCUACCAGUGUAGCCGACCGACCUGGUAUAACUUGUAGAGCUUCCCUUAGAGCGUUAGCGGCGAAGCUAGAAACCCUUCUGAUACCAUAGCAUUAAACAAACCGUUCGUACCCUGUUAAUUGUUAAGAGACGCUGAUCGUUUUCUCUACUUCAUUCGAGCUUUAGGCUGGCUGCAAAGCUGAGAAGCAUUUUUCGAAGCAGAAGGUCUCCAGGUAAAUUCGCCUACGAGAUGGAGGCGCCCGGAUUCGGCCUGCAACCGCAGCUACGACUGGGAGCAUAUUUUCGCACUGUAAGUAUACAGCCAGCACAGAUGUGCAAAUUUGAGAUCUGGGCCUGCUGCGGAGCUGAGAUGCACGCUCAUCGACAGGGAAUGCUGCGAAGCAUCAAUCUGUCUACAGGCUUGACGGGAGCUGGAAAGCGCACUGUCAACAGGAAAUCAUCAUUCCGUCGCCUCUAGUAUCGAGACGUCAGACAUUGGUCUGCCACCAGAGCUACAAUGGAGCACUCUGCAGUAUUUGGUGAGAGAUUAAUUAUGUUUUCUGCGUGAUAUUCGGGCUGUAGGGUGGGGCGACACGGUGCUUACUUUAGUGCUCACCGUCUGUUCGUGCCGCGCCCGCCUCUGAACCCAGAGAGGUGACAUAGUCAAACAAUUGCGACACUGAAGUGAGCUGAUGACAUUCUGGGCUUGUAAGAUCAGGGCCGAGACGUCCAGACAGUACUCUCAGGCAUAUGCUGAUUCUCCUCCGUGGCACCGUCGUUCGAAAUAUCGCGCGCUGUUGCUAUUUCCUUGUUGUUGAUCCUCUUGUGAAAGACGCUCACGUCGCUGAAUUGUCGACGCGGAGGACCCCAAUCUUAUGCAGGAUAUUUGGAGAUUCGAAAAUGUUUGUGCGCAUGACGUCCAAAUUCAACUUCAGUUCGGGCGACGUUGUUCACAUGAACCUGGUUGUUUUUUCAGCGAAUGGACCGUUUGAAAUUCACAUGUGACUCACCUGGGCACGCUGCGGAUGAAGAGCUGGCACCACUGAUUGUUGAUGGUCGGGCUGUUCUGGCCAAGCGGGAAGCAGCCGAUGAAACUCUUGGUAUGAAGGCUUGUGCCACUAACGAGGCAGUAUCGUAUGCUUAAGAAAUGAUUGUUGUACAUGCGUCCUGCCUGAGUUUUCAACAUCAAAGGUUGACGAGCAUCUGAAAGCGAAUUGAUUCAUGCAUCUGUUUGCAUUGUGUGUUUGGUUUGCGCACCUCUUCGUUUCAAUCGCUUAUGUUGUGCAUCUUGCGUCUCACCAGGUCGGCUGUUUUACGUUGGUUGUAUUCUCCUUUCUUUAAUUUUUCGUGUGCAUGCUCCGUGUGAUUGCUUCGUGUAGAUAUGAUAUCCAUUCAGGACGUGUUGGUAAUGCACUGUCGUCUGUAAUGUCACGUGUGAGAUAUAAUCUAGCUGUUCCUGUUUGCGCAAUAUGUUUUUAACAGCCUGCACUUCACGCUGCUUGGUACAUCGGGCCUCUCUGAAAUGGGCUCGUGCCCUUUAGGAUUGUACCUUUUUGGGUAAAACUUGGCUCUCAUCUGUUUGAGGCGCCCUUAUAAUUUGAUCUACAAUGUUGUAGAUCGUCGCUUAGGUUUCGUAUCUACUGGUUUGUUCUCUGCCCGUUGGCAUUUUUUUCGCGGCA